UUUUAGCACUAGAUAGUCAUUUUCGUAAUGUGAAUUCAUCGAAUCUUCUCUUUCCCAUCCAAGAACAUCCUGUCAUAGAAAUUGUAAUGGCAUCCUGAAUCGUUAUGUGACCUAUCUCUGACUGGUCUGUUGUGGUUCCAACAAGACAUACCCGCUCGUAUCAGCUGACAGUAAUACAGAAUGUAGUUACUAAAUUCUCCUUUAAUAGGAAAUAGGAAUUACAUAUGUAGAAAGUAAAGUUGUAAUAUAUGUAAAACUGUAUCUUUAGAUUCUAAAGUUUAGAAUAUGAAAUGUAAUGCGGUUUUCUUUAAACAAUGGCAAACAUAAAUUCCGGAAAGUUUCAUCAUUUCAAUAAUUAUAUACGUAUAUACAUAUUGCUCAUCAAGAAAAUAGAAUUCGUAAUAUGUACAUAUGGUUUGUAUCUAAUACAUACAUCAACAUAAAGAAACGGCAACACUGUCUGCAUGUAAGUUGCAAGGUCAUCUAACUUGAGGUCACGGACAUUGUAAAUUCCGAAAUCUGACAAAAGUUUCGUCCCUAGUAUUCCAACUUCGUGUUGGUACAGUUCAAAUUUGAGUUACGAAGACGUACAUACUUCGUUUAAGAUUUCUUUGAAUGGCAACUGACUGUGCUAACAAAAAACAUGUCCAUUAAUGUUACUGUCAACGGAAACCCCUUAAGUAUAAGACACGGAAGAAUGGUAUUGUCCGAUUUAGACCAAAUUAAGAAAAAUGAGAGAGACCGACGUCGCAGGUUACGCUUGGAGCAGGUGAGGCAACAGUCUAAAGACAUAUCAGAUAGACUUUUGGAACGUGUUAAGAAUAUAACUAAGGAAGAGCGAAAGAAGUUGCAGAGCAAUGAUAAUUUAAAUUCAAGGCAGUCAUUUAAUGAGAAAAUUUUGGAAAUCCAACAAAAAUAUCAAGAAGACAUGGCAGAUAUUGGUCUGGCACAUUUGUCUGCAAUAUUGGAACCCGAUCAUGAUGAAGUUGUUCAAGAGAAAGAAAGAAAGAAUAAAUUAGCAGCAUCAAAAAGAGGAAAAGAAGCAAUGCAACAGAUUCAUGAACAGCAACAAAAAGAAUCUGAGGAACAACAACAUCAAAAUCGACUACGUCAAGUACGGGAAUUAGAGAAUCUAAGGUCAGCAAUGGUAGCAAAACUUCCUCAUGUGAAAUUGCUGGAGUCAAAUGUCAUAGACAAGGAAAUUGAUGAUGGAAAUAAACAAAAUAAACCUGUUAAAAAGAAGACAAGGAAGCAGUGUUUUAAAAAGUCACCAGGAAAAACGACAAAAACAUACACAAAGAUUAUUGCCAGUGAUUUAAAGACACAGCCACCCCAUAUGCAAUUAAAACGUCAGAUGUUAAGUAGUGAUCCAAAGAAUGACCUUAUGAUAUCAGAUGAACAAUUUGUUACCACAUCAGCUACAAAUCCAUCUGCACUAAAAAGUACAGCUACUACAUCAAGUACUGCAAAAAGUGAGCUUGAACUUGAACACAGAAAUCAAAAUUCAGAGAAACUGCUACCAAAUUCAGCAGCUGCAUUAGCAGAAGUCGAUAAAACAUUAAGAUACAAUCCACAGGAUUAUGUACAAUCAACAUCAGCCUUAACUUCUACAAGUCAGAGUGAUAGCUCUGGUUCCAUAAGUGAUGACUGUUCAUGUCUACCUACUACUACUGAACAAUCAAAAUGUAUAAAAACACCAAAACAGAAAGUUAUUUCGUCAGCAAAUGAUAAAGUACAAUUAUAUGAUCAUAGUAAGCAUCAAAGUAAUGUAUAUAAUAAACCAGUUGGUGUAGUUGAAAAAAUACAUGCAUGGACUGAGCCAAGUGCAAUAGACUUAGCUCAAGAAAUUGAAAAGUCUGAAGCUGUUAAAGCGCAUUUAAUGGAAAGUCGUAAAGCUACUGCUCAAAAGCGUGGCGAAGAUGCAGUGUUGAGAGAAAAAGUACGACGUGAUUAUCAAGUGCUUGUGCAAAAUUUAAACCAUCUUACAGUAGAGGAACGUAAAUUGAAAGCUAAUCAAGCUGAAUCUUAUUUGAAAGAUGUAAAUGUAUUACAAGAACGAAGGAAAAUGCUGAGAGAUCAGCAUAAGCAAAAGCUAAACCGUGCAUUGCAAACUUUGUUGCAUGAAGAAUGUUUGGAAAAAUGUCCGUCAUAUCCUAUAGAAAAACAAAUUACUCUUGUGCCUAGAGAAGAAGAUAGAGGUGUUGAUGUAAAUGCUGUUUGGGAAGAUCAAUGUUGUACCAACAAACGCCAAGACAGCAGAACUGUACAAAGCAGGCAUAAAGAAGCCGAGAUUUCACGUGAGGAACAAAUAUUAGAUAUGUUAAAGAAGGUUGAAAAGCAAAAACAGCUCUUAUUGAAAGAAUUUGGAGCAGAUUUACCAAGUGAUAUUUUUAAUGCAACUAUGAAGCCUUUAUUCGAAAAAGAUAAAGCGAUUCAAGUGCAGUCGACUCUACAUCAGGAUGCACCGAUUCAUGAAACACCUAUGUCACCAGAGAUUAAAGUAAUAAGUGCGCCUUGCUGUAGCGAGAGUAGUAAAAAGGAUAAGACAGAAGCUAAAGAUAGCUCAUCUGUCAAAAAAGUAGAAAUUGCUGUGCAAACUACCACGGGAACGAAGGAUGAUGAAGUUAAAGAUAAAAGUAUUCAAGUAGAGAUGGUACAAGAAAAAGUAAGCGAUCCUAAGGCGAUCAACGAUGAAGUUGAUAAGGUCACCAAACAUCAUCCACUUGAACCAAAAGUUAUAGUUAUUACUCCAGAUGUAGAUAGUAGUGUAUCAUCAACGUCUAUACUUUUAAAUACAAUGAAUGACACUGUUAAUACAAGUACAACUCCUGUGAAACAAAAACACAAAAAGCGUUUCCCUAAAAAAGAAAAGCAAAAGUCACCUUUAGUAAGUAAAACAGCAUGUUCUACAAAGAAGCUUUCAAAAACUUUAUCGAGAUCGCGACUGAGCAAUUUGAGAAAACCUAUCCGUGUUGCUUCCUCGCCUAAUAAGAGAAUUAAAAUAUAUGUUAAUCAGUCCGGGUUCAAUAUUGAAGUAAAUCCGGCCGAAGCGUCAGGGGUGACUGUAGAUGCAGCUACGCAAAGUUCUAAAAAAUGUUCCACAACAGAACAGGAUCAAAUAACUACCAAAUCCUAUAGUGUUAGGUCGCAAUCAACACAAAUUAAAAUGAAGGACUUCUCAGAUUCAUCAACGUCUUUUGCCAGUUUGCCACCGAGCAAACCCAAAAAUAUUCUUGAAGCGUUAAGCAAUAAUAUGUCUAUUCUUGAAUUGUUAGAUUCUUCAGUAAAUGAUAGCAUGAAAUUAUUACGAAGAGAUGUUAGUCCAGUAUCAACACCGGAAACUCCAUCGCCGCGUACUAUGAGAAUGCCUUCGAAUAUACCUCAUGUUGGUAAACUUAGCAGAAUGCUUAAAUAUACAACGAUAGAUUCACAAAUAAAUGAUAGCAGCAUACUGUCAUCUACGAAAAAUGAUCAGUCAACGACGACAGAUACGUCUCGUUAUCAACAAAAUAAUCAAUUAGCCGAACAUAUGAGAAGGCACUCUUUGAAGCAAUCGGCUUCUUCAAAGGGAACUUGCACGUGUGAGAAUCCAGAAUGCAAACUAAUGGAUGCAAAAUUUAGUCAUAUUCAUAAAUGCGCAUUGAAAGACUGUCCUGAAAUAUUACAAAAGUAUGAAGAUCUUCAAACUAUGUGCACAGAAAGAAUUGUAUCAUUAACGAAUCUUAUUGAAAAGGUUCGAAAUGAGCAGAAAGGGGUGGAACUAUCAAUAAUCAAUCCAUGCGAUGAAACCAGUCUGAUGCAGUUGCCUCCAGUGAAAGUAAAGAACAACGAUCUACAAAGUGUUCGCAAUCUUGUUGAGAAUAUAGAAGCAAUUCAUAAUCAACUUGCAAAAACACUCAUUGAGUCGCAAAAUAUUAUAAAAAAUAAAACGGUUCAAACACAAGACACUAAUCAACUUGAAGAAGUAAAUGCAGAGACUCAAACAAAUGAAGGUUUACAGAAGAUCACAUCUCCAUACGUUGCAUCAAAAGUAGAAGAACAAAGAGUUAAAACUAAGCCAAGAAUUAUAAGCGAUGAAAGAGUUAAGAUACAGCUCGACAGGUACAAGGUACAGCUUCGGCCGAAAACAUUAGAGGCAACAACACAAGAUAAUAAUACCCGACUUACAUCAAAGUUACGUGACGAGGAAAUGAUAGAAACGUUAUCGCAAGAAAUUCUAGAACAAAGUAAGAGCCUUAAAAAUAAUUUACUAGCAACAAAAGAAUGUGUCGAUUCAACGGUAGAUCAUAAACUUCAGCCUGACGCUGUUGACUCUAGAAAUGAUACGGCCACGCAGAACCAGUUUUCUAAAGAGGUAAAGGAAGUUGAAGACUUUGUUCCAUUACUCGCGGACAUUCCGAAAGUAUCAAGAGAUGUAACUAUAUUCACCAAUGGGAGAAGUAAACCACCAGUAAGUCUACUUAGUGGACCAUAUAGGACUGAAAUUGAAUCAUCAGGUCAUGAGUUGUCAACAAUAAUUGAAUUUGAUACACCAGAUACUGUGAAUAAAAGUCAGAACAAUGUCAGAUCACCAACAUCUGUGAAAAAGGUUACAGCGACACGGGCGAUUAAAACUGCCGUUGUAAUUGAUCCAGCAGAACGUGCAGCUGUUUCUGUUAACACCAAUGACCAACAACAAUUGAAAAAAUCUUACGAUCCUUCAACAUCAAUGUUGUCUUCAGAAGCCACAAAACAUAGGAUACAAGCGAGUGCAGCCCGAUUUGAUACAUCAAAAGCAUUCAAAGCUGUCUCUUCCCGAACGGAAGAUAAAGAAACCUUAAAUAAAAAGUUACAAUGCGAUACUCAGAAUAAAAGAUUAUCGCCAAAGGAACAGUUACAGUCACAUCCUUAUACUAAUGUUAGUGGAAAUAACGAAAAUAAAAAUAAUGACAGAAUAACAUCCACAAGUUCAAACAGCUUUUCUGGAUUGUCUGGAAUUUCUCAAAUAGCAAGUACACCGUCAUCCGAUGUAUUAAAAUAUGCAUCAUCCCCGGAAGAAAUGGAAACGGCUCUUAAAAAGCUUGGCUUAGGAUGGGCGAUAACGACAUUGAAGAAAACGCGAGAAGCGAGUGCCUUAAGUUCGUCAUCUACUUCUGAUGAACGAACGCCAAUAAAUACUGGUAAAAGAAUAUCGCCUGUGAAAAAGCAAUUUGAAAGUAAUUACGGCUUACUAGAUUUCAGUGAUGUGUCCUCGAUAUCUGUGAAAGAAGCCAGCAAGAGUACAGAGCAUGCAGUGCUUCUCAAAGGCAGAACUUCCACACCGUUGCACUCAAAAUUACAAAAUUCAAAUUCGAAUAGUGCAACAACAAACAUUAGUAGCACAAACGUUUCUGAAAAUUUACAAGAGCCUAGUGAAGGUUUGAUAAUUCCUGAUAUAGCUCUUACCAGCUCAAAACUUAAUAUUAAAAACUAGGAAAUCUUUAAUAUAUUUUUGUAUACUCUCUCUUUCUCUUUCUCUAACUUCUACUAGGAAAUAUUAAGAGAUGCUUAAUAAAUUAAGAUAAAUUAUAUUUUUAACGAGUACGUAAAUUCAGUGUUUAUUAAAUAUGAAUAAUAUCUAUAUAUUUACAGUGGUUUUUACUUUUAAUAUAUAAUUGCAGUUCUAGGACUUGUUAAGCCUUAGGCACUUUAAACUUAAAAUGAUUUAAAUAUAAUAUGCAAAUUGUGAAAAGAAAAGAAAUAUUAAACCGAUCAAUGUUUAAAAAUAAUAAUUGUUUAUUAACCAUAUUACCUGGUUUUGCAACUUGAAAAGUACAUUUGAUAAAAUGUUUCUUUACGCAAAUUUGAUACACAGUUCAAUGUCGCUAGUAAAGGUGUACAGAUACUAUAAUGACGAUAUUUUAAUUAUUAAUGUUACAGAUUAUUUUCAUAUCCAGUAAAAUUAUACCUUAUUAGCAUAAGGGGAAUUUGACGAUAUGAGUAUAUGGGUGACAAAGAAAUACUAGAAACUGACAUGAUCAAAAUUAAAAAAAUAUUAUUACAGAUCAUAUCGUCUCAACUUUUUAAGUGAUGCAUUGAUCGAAAAUAAUAUUUUGGAAUUAGAAAGUAAAAUAAUUUUAUCUCUGACCUGUUAUAAUUAAUUCUAAUACAAAGAGUUCUCAGAUCACUCUGCUAAGCGACGACGACCUAAUUAUUACUGUAUAAUUUAAUUGUUAUUCUUUGUAUGUAUAUAUUUUUAAUGAA